GUGUAACACCAGUGUGCGGCGCCACUUGCAUCGACUCUCAGUUUCACUGCGAGACAUGUGGCUCGGACUUUUUCAAAGCUACGCUCCGUUUUUAGACAAAUAUAUUUACUUUUUAGAGUCGGUGGGAUUUCAUACGGAGAUUCUGGGUCUUACGCGCCAUUUUGUCUGUACAAAGCAGUCAUAGCAAACAUUUGAGUUGUUGGGAGAACAGGGCCAGACAUGACUGGAGCUGGAACUGCAUGUGGCGGAGGUGGUCAGGGCCCUCCGGACGGAACAGACCCUGAAGACGCAGAGAAGUGUCCCAUCUGCCUCAGCGCUCUGUCGGGGGCAGACCUGGCCAUGCCUGACAGCUGUUGCCACGUCUUCUGCCUCCGCUGCCUCCUCACGUGGGCCGAGUUGCAGGCGUCUCCUUCAUGUCCUGUUGACAGAAGACCCUUCAAUAAUGUUUACAGAUGGGACGGACAUCUCAGCUGUGUUCAGGUUCCUGUGAGGAGGAGGGUCGCUCAGCCUGCAGUAGAGAGCUACUGCAGAAGAAACUCCCAAUAUAAAACUGGUCUUAACAGUAAGAGAGCUUUGAGACAGAAGAAGGUGGAGAGGACUGUUGAUGGGAAGUCAAAAGGGCUUGUCAGAAAAUGCAAUGAUGAGGAUCCUUCAUCUCUGACAAGAAAAAAGGUUCGAGGGGCAGAGUCUUGUAGCUGGUCACCUCCUGCUUUUGUUUCACUGACGACAAAAACACAUGAAAUUGCAGAGUCUGUGGAUGAUGAGGAGGUGAUGCUCGGUCACACAGUCCAGCACUGUAAACCUCAGAGCUGUGUGUGGUUUUCUUCGGCUGCUCCUGUCUCCACUGGCACCGGCACUAUGAGUUUCCACCCCUCCAUCAGAAACACUGGUGUGUUCCCGUUUGCUCUCAGUUCAUCUCCUUUUUCUUCGUCGCCUGUCUCCAGUUCAAGUCAUUUUGUGUUUGAGGGAGUGGUGUGUGCGAUAACGUGUCCCAAAGGAGGAGAGAAGAAAGGAGGCCGUGCAUCUAAAGCUGCGCCCAAACAAACCGCCGCCAAACGCUCAAGCCGUGGCGCUAAAACUCAGGAGGAGGCCCCCCUCUCUGAUCCUCCCUCCCCUCAGACCUCAGGCGCCUCCGACUCUGAUAAUCCACACAGCGCCUCCAGACCGGGCAGGGCGACACAGGCAGCGGGCAAGAGGAAAGGCAAGCAGGUAACUAACAGAAAAGCCAGUGGCAAACGGAAAGCUCCAGCGAGGAAAAAGCGUUCUGCAGAGGUGAUCAGCAGCAGCGAAGAGGAGGAAGAGGACGCGAAUAAAAACAACACAGAAGACGAACAAGAGGGUGCAAAACCUGAAUCGCCAAACUCCAAACAAGACCAAGAGAAAAACGGGGACGAUGCAGAUGAUUCAGAGCCAGAAGUCGCCCCAGAGGAGAGCCUAAAUGAUGAUCAAAACGACUCUAAUCAGGAAAACGACCAGGAGAAACCACUAAUAAACGAUGUGAGCCAGGACAGCAGCGAUACUCAGGACAAACAUGAAAGUGACACUGAGGAAAAAGUGGAAGUCCCAUCAUCUCCUUUAAAUUCAGCUCCUAAUAGUCCAACUCCCACAAAUGAGGACAACCAUAGUGUCAAAGAAGAGGACGAGGCAGAGGAGGCUAACACUAGUCCAAAACAGGAACAAGAAGACAUGAUUUCUGACGAUGAGAAACAACCAUCUCCAAAGCAAGAAGAAAUGGACAUUAGUGAUAACGAAGAUGAUGAAGAUAAGGCCUCUACAGGAGCAGAAAGUGUUGGCAAAACUGAAUUUUUUGCACAAACAGAUGAUACAAAAGAUGAAAUGAAUGAACCUAAAGCAGAGGAGAAGGAGGGUAAGGAUUCACUACAAAGUGAAUCCCCAAGACAAUCAGAAGCCGUGUCUGAAAGUGGAGAGGCCGCUUCACGCGACAGGGAGGAGCUAGAGCUGGAGAAAGAUGCAGAAAAGGACACAAAAAAUUCCACUGAAGACACAAACGAGAUCCCAAUGGAUUUUGGUUCUCCCCUGAGUGAACAUGGAAGUGGGAAACCUCUGGACAAAGAGGUUUUAUGUCUAGAGGUUUCAGAGUCAAGCGAGGAAAAGCCAAAAGAGGAAACUUCAAAAAGUGAGGAGAAGCCAAAUGAGGAAAAGCGUGAUAGAGAUAAAAGUCCAGAGAGGACCAGAACACGGCGCUCCCGAUUUCACUCGCCCACAAAAUCAUGGUCACCCAAAAGAGAGUCCAAAGAUUCUAGACGGGACAAGAGGUCGAGAUCCAGGGAACGCAAUGGAAGUCCGAGUCGUUCCGCGCGGAGAAGCAGGGAGAGGGAUGGGGACUAUCACAGGAGAGAAAGAGACCGUAGCAGAGAGAGGAGCAGAGAGAGGAGCAGAGAGAGGAGGAGGAGGAGGUCAAGGAGUAGAAGCAGAUCAAGGUCUAGAAAUAGGUCUUAUAAAAGAAGUGAUAGGAGUCCAGAGAGGGAGGAUAGAAGAGAGGAAAGAAGGGAGGAGAGGAGAGAGGAUUCGCCCUCAAUGAAUGAUCGGAGAGGGGGCUGGAGAUCUGGAGGAGAGGGGCGGAAGUAUGGAGGGGGGAGAUUUGAAAACGGGUUACAAAACGAUGAAUCGCCCGAAAGGAGUGUGGUGGACUCUAAUCCGGACUGGGUGGAGAAGCAGAGGAGCAGCAUGAGUAGCAGUAGCGCUCCAAGAUGGGAGGAUCAGUCGAGAGGGAGGGGCCGAGGAGGAAGAGGAGGGUUUGACCGAGGCAGAGGAAGGGGGUCUGGCAAUAGAAGUUUUUAUAAUCAAGAGGAGCAGAGCGAGAAUAGGUGGCAACCAAGGAACAACUUCUCAGGGACAGGAAGUGCAGCAGGAAGUGAUGCGUACAGCCGGUUUAAUGAGAACAGAGGAGGAAGGAGGAAAGAGAUGGAUUCCGGGGAGACCAUGGACCGCUCUGGAUGGUCAUCCGCGUCGAGCUGGGCUGUACGCAGGACUCUCCCUGCUGAUGUCCAGGAUUAUUACUCCAAAAGAGAGAGGGGAGGGCCGAGCGGGUGGAGCCGACAGGAGGAGGAGACCACGCCCACUACAGAUCCUCAGAAGUCAGAACCUCCUGCGCAGACCGUCCCGGGUAAUGCCCCUGUCCCGGUGCUGAUGUCUGCCCACCCUCAGCUCCUCCAUCACUACCCCACUCUUCCAGGAGCCCGCGGCCCCGUCUCUGUGUCUCUGCAACCGGCUGCCCCCUAUGCCCUGCCCCCCUCCCAGGUCCCAGUUCAUCUCCACACAGCUGUGCCCCUCCUACAGGUGCCCGCGGUGGGAGCACAGGGCCUGCCUCCCCCCCCUCCGCCUCCUCCACCCAUGCAGCAGGGCAGUCAGACUGCUGCUGCUCAGCCCGAUGGACACAGCACACAGAUGGUCGGUAGCAUGGGAGGAUUUGCGAAGCCCCUGUUCCCGACACCCACCAAAGUGACGCAGGUGGCCCCUAUGUCGACUCAGGCCCUGCCCUCCUCCACCACCCAACCACAGCACAACCGCGCCCAGGCGGACAGCUCCAAGAAGGAGAAGAAACAACAAAUCCAAGAACAAGCGAUAAACGAAGUGAAAAACGCCAUGAAACCGUAUUACCAAAAGAAAGAAAUCACUAAAGAGGAGUACAAGGAGAUUGUCCGCAAAGCUGUAGAAAAGGUGUGCCACAGUAAAAGCGGAGAGGUGAACUCCAGUAAAGUGGCUAACCUGGUGAAGGCGUAUGUGGACAAAUACAAACAUGCUCGCAAAAAGUGAAGCGCAGACUCCUCCCCCUCAGCUUCUCAAGUGCAAUUUCUUCAAGCUGGAAACAGGCCUCCCAAUCUACAAAUAAUUAAUGGAGCGCCACCUUUUUUGUUUUUACCUUUUAUCAAAUGAAGAUUUUUCUAUAGAUUUGUCAUAUUUUGUUAGAAUCAAAACCCAAAAUUGUAUUGCAAAGAGCCCUUUAUUUUGCAUAGAUGUUGGACUGCUGUAAGGACCGGACAAUUUGAAAUGAACGUAGAUUAUGAAAUUUAUCUUUCAGGUCAGAUAAUUACAAUGUACCAUUAUCCAUGUUCUUUUUUAAAUGAUACUGUUUAAACUGAAAAGCCUAGUUUGAAAGAAAGUGUGUUGCCUUUAAGAAUUAUGUGGCCCAAAAGUAUAUUUUGGGCUGUAAUUUGUUAAAAGUUUAAUUGUAUUUUUGCAGGGCCCUGAUUGGUUGAUGCUCUAACUGAAUCUGCCAGUCAACCAAUCAGAAGCGUGUGUGUGUAUUAAGGCGCAGGUGUGGGGUGUGAUCGUGUGACCGUUCCCACUUCCUGUUUGUGUCUGAAUGUGUCUAAAGUGUGACUUUGGAAAAGUAUAAAAGUGAGUAGUGGAAUAAAAGUAGCUGCUUUCUGA